UAUUUAAGGGGGAUGCACAGUGAGAAAACAUAGAUUUAGGUCAAAAAUAUCGAUAUUUUAAAAUUAAUUGAUUUUAAUAGUUUAAAAUGUCUAGAAUACGAAUUCCCUAUCAGAAUACUAAAAAAAAUACGUUUUAUACAUCAAUUUUGUAUUUUAAAUGUAGAUAUAUAAGCAAAAUUUUGAUGUUUUGGUGAAAAAUCAACAUUUUGUAAGCUAUAGUUGAUAAGCUAAUGUACGCUCUCAUCCCUAACAGAUGGUAUCGAUACAAAGGUCUACUUUUCUAGUUCCGAUUAUGUGCAUGGUUUCUCAUUCUAUAAAUAAAUAGUACUGCAAUGAACUUUCAAAAUACGUCACUACCUCUUUUUUUCCCCUAUAUCCUCAUAUACACACCCACAAAGCCAUAUUUACGCAUGCGCACCAUCAAAGCUUCUAUAGUUACUGUAAUUACACGCAUGCGCACUGAAAAAGCUUCCGUAACUACAAAGUAUGCACGCAUGCGCACAUGACGUGAACCGGUCCUUCUUCUGUAAACUUCCAUCACAUCAACAAUCGAUUCAUUAUUGAAACUCAGAAAUGCCAACAAAAGGUUAUAUGUUUGGAAAGAAAAAACGUUACUGUAAGCCCAGAGGACGACAUGCUUCAAAGACAAAUGCACAAUUACAAAGCUCUGUUUUGGAUACAGCUGGAUCUGAAGCAGCAACAACACAGCCUGCAAGUGCAGCUGAGCGAAAAAUAUCCCUAACUGCAGUUACUAACGCUGAUAACACCAAUAAGAGGCUGCCUGAAGAUUUCAUAUACGUCAUGAUGAAUUCAAUGCAAUUGACCACAAUGGUCUCCUUGUUGUGCUGUCCACAUUGCUUUGACAACAAAUUAACUAUGUGCAUCACACAAUCAAAAGGCAUGGCUCAUUUGAUUAAAAUCAAAUGCCUAAAUUGUGAAACAUAUUUGUGGUCCGACUGGACCUCAAAAAAAAGUAAUGAUGUUCAUCUGGAUAUUAAUGUCCGCGCUGUCGCUGCAUUAAAAGAAUCUGGAAUCUCGCAUUCUAAAUUUGAUAGGUUUUGUGGACUUAUGAGUAUGCCCUGCAUGCACAGAAAUACUUAUAACAAUCUAGCUAACAUAGUCAAUACCGCUAUAAUUGAAGCUGGUGAAGAAUGUAUGAUUAGGGCAUCUGCUGUUGUGCAUGGAAGAAACAUUUCACAACCUCUAACUACAGAUGAAAGAAUAAGUUCAACAGGCUGUCCUGUUAUUACAGUUUCUUUCGAUGGGACUUGGCAUAAAAGGGGCCACUCAUCUCAUUCAGGAAUUGGCACAGUUAUUGAUUUUGAUACUGGACUCGUCAUCGACACCGAAGUCCUAUCAAAUUAUUGCCAUGUUUGUGAUUCAAACUCUGCAGAACUAAACUUUGAUGCCUCUAAGCAUAUGUGUCAAAAAAACUUCAGUGGCUCAGCAAAUGCAAUGGAGGCCGCAGCAGCAUCCAAAAUCUUUUCGCGCUCUGUGGCAUCCAGAAAACUUGUUUAUGGCACGAUGCUGUGUGAUGGCGAUAGUAAAUCGCAUUCAUCUGCCAUUACCAACUCAGGAUAUGAUGUAGAAAUCUUAAAAGAGGACUGCAUUAACCACAUCUCAAAAAGAAUGUUUAAUGCUUUGAACAAUUUAAAAAUGUCUAACAAAAAAGAACUAAAUUAUAGGCUUACAAAGUCAAAAAUUGAAAAAAUUACAAAUUACUAUUCCAAAGCUCUGCGCCAAAAUGCUCCCGACAUUCAAAAAAUGAAGCUGGCUGUUAUGGGCUCAUUUUUUCAUAUGAUGAGCUCAGACCUAGAUCAUAACCACAGGUUGUGUCCUGAUGGCGCUACAUCUUGGUGUCACUUUAAGAGAUCAGAGGCACUAAAACAGCCAUAUAAAAAACACAACCAGACCAUCACAUCAGAAAUAGGUAAACUGUUAUUUCCUAUAAUGAAAAGACUAACAGACACAGAUCUGUUAAAAAGAUGUUCUAGAAUGGGAACACAAAACGCCAAUGAAUCUUUUCAUUCCCUCAUUUGGCAAAGAUGCCCCAAAACAGAAUUCGCAACAUUAAAAACGGUAAGGGCUGCGACAUACCUUGCUGUUUUAACCUUCAAUAAUGGACCUGUUGGCAUCAGAUCAGUUUUUGACAUAUUAGGCAUUCCCUGGACACUAAAGAACAUUUCUUCUAGUGAGAAAAAGCAAAAUGUCAAACUACAGCUUGUUAGAAAAAGAAAAUCAAUCGCAUUAGUGUCCAGGAGAAAAAACUUGAAAAAACGAAGAAUUGAGCAUGAGCACCGGGCAGAGGUUCUAGAAGGUCCAACCUAUCAAUCAGGCCAUUUUAAUGAAUAGUUUUUUGUUUUUUUUAUUAUCUAUUAUGUUGUUUUAUGUAAAUAUUCCCUUUUUUUUCAUUUUUAUGGUUACAAUAAAUAUUUUAUAUCAUUUUAAAAACUUUAAA